AUGGCGCAAUCAUGGUCCCUCUCGGUUCUUGGGUGGGUGCCAGGCAUUAUCACGAUGGUCGUUCUGCGUUCUGUUCUAGAUCACCUCGAUAUCAAGGACUUACGCCACUUUGGUUAUUAUGCGUUCGGCAAGAGUCGCAUCGGAUACAAACGUUCAUGCCUCAAAAUCCUCCUGAUUGGCUUUCAUAUCUUCGCCAGCGUGAAGAUUCUGAACACUCUGUCUGAUUGUUCCAUUUACACUGUUGCCUUCUCCGCCAUCGCCAUGAUCAUGGACAUUGCCUUGUCACUUCCCAAGGCCUUGAAGCACGUCUCGUUCAUGUCCAUGUUCUCAGCGUUCUUCAUGUCUCUGGCCAUUCUGCUCUCCAUGAUCUUCGCCGGGAUGGAGGAUGCUGCCUACAUCUCCGUCGAGACGUACGCAUUUCCACCCACCGGCACCACUUUCGUUGUCACUACGAACACGGCCCUGAACAUCAUGUUCCUCGUUCCUUUUGGUGCCGCAAAUUCUAAGUUCCCCAAGGCCCUCGCUAUCCUCAGCGCCAUCUCUAACCUCCUUUUCAUCAUCCCGCACGCCAUCGGCUUCCGCUACCUCGGCCAGCACUCAACCGCUCCGGCAUCCCCCAGUUUGAGUGACACGCCCUACAAUAAGAGCUCCUUCGGCUUCGUCGUCGUCCCCACCCUGAUUAUUGGCGGCAUCUACGCCAACGGCGCGAGGGCUGCCGUUUUGGCGAUGAUCCAAAUCACCGCCUUCGUCUUCUCUGAGAUCAUCCCGAGCAUGCGUGAUUUCCUGUCUUUGCUGGGUGCCGCGUUCGAUUUUUUCUUUUGUUUCAUCUUCUUCGCGGUCGCUCAUUAG